AUGAGGCAGGUCAACAAGCGGUGGCUUGAGACCAGCCCUGCCGACACCUUGAGACUAACACUGCGCUCGCGCCCGCAUGAAGAUGCAGUAGUGCCAGUAGUGCCAGUAGUGCCAGUAGUGCCAGUUCUGGAGGAAGCAGGUGCAGCUACGCCCCCCUUGCCCACCAGCCAGGAUGAAGAGGUCAGAGAAGCACGCGUGAGAGUACACAAGACAACCUCGCGCUCAAAGAUCCUCGCGUUGUUGCUGCUAGUUCUGGGUCUCUGCGCGGCUGUAAAAGGUGUAAGUGUUGCCACUGCCUGGAGAAUGGAGCUGUCAGAUGCGAGGGCUCAUCAGCUCUCCUUGGAACAGAAGCUGAAGGCGAUGAGCGGGGAGCUCUUGCUCCUCCGCACCACGGUGGCCGAAGUGGUGUCCGCAACGGAGGCUUUGCAGGCGGAGCUGGCAGAUGCCAGGACGGGCCAGGCAGCCUUGCACCGAGAUCUGAAGGGCAUGAGCGGGGAGCUUGCUGCUCUUGGCAGCAAGGUGGCCAAGGUGAACACUGGGAGUGAGCCGGGCCAGGCGACUACACGGACUCACUGA